AUGCUAAAGACCACAUAUAUUUUACUUUUUGCUUUUAUUGUUUACUUCACCUCAACGGAAUGCCGUGAAGUUUCGCCACAGGAUCAGUGCUAUCCUUUGGUGACUUAGCCGUUGCUGGAUCUUAUGGCUGCGAGUCAGGGCCGGGAUUCUGGUGAAUCGGUUAAGAAAACCGUCCCGCAGAACUUCCAAAAGAUUGGAUCCCGGUACUUCUACUUCGAGGAAAUCCAUAAGAAGAAUUGGUAUGCUGCUGGAAAUUCUUGCCGGCGGAUGGGCGGCACUCUGGCCAGUAUCCAGAGUGAGGAGGAGUUUACCGCCAUCAAACAACAUCCUAAACGCAUCUCCAACGAGCACUACUGGCUAGACAUUAACAACCUGGGCGACGAGGGUCAUUAUAUGUCUUCCACAACCGGUCAGAUUGCUCCGUUCUUGAAGUGGGCUUGGACAGAGCCAAAUAAUCUAUACGGAGUAGAGCACUGCAUUGAUCUCUAUGUGGAGCACAUGUACGAUAACAACUGCGCCAAAAAUUAUUAUUUUAUUUGUCAAGCAAAUAAUUAGUAAUAAUAGAUUACAAUAAAGUUUUUGAAAUGCAUAAUGUGAAUGAGAAAAUGAUUUCAUAGUAAAAUAAAUCCAGCUUCCAAAUAUUUUCCACAAACUUAUUAGGAACA